GGUGGCGUGGAGUCGGGCGAAAGGGAAAAUGGUCGAGCGAACACUUUUUUUUCUCCCCCAUUUAGAGCCAGGUUUUUUGACACGGCGGUCGUUCGAUCGACUUCCAUUUGUCUCCGAGCUUUCCGCCGACUAACGUCCGCCGAGCAUAACACCCGGUGUGCAUAUAUAUAUAUAUAUCUCGCGAAGAUGCGUGUCGAUCGUUUCAAUCUCACCUGAUCUGAGUCGCAUGUGCAUACGUACAACAAACAAUCGUGAAUACAAUCGUCGUUAAUCGUCGACUCGGUUCGAUCUCGGUUGUUCUCAGUGAUCAUCGAGACGACUCUUCCGGAUCGAAUGUGCAAAAAAUUGUAAUAUAAAAUAAAUACAACGGAUAAUUAAUUUUUCCAACUCGAAAUCGUUUAAAGCCAUAGUUGGUAAACUGUAUAAUAGUAAUAAUAAUAAUAAUAUCGUGAUCCUUGUGAUUGAAUAACCUGUGAUACGCAAAAAAAGGGAGGGUGUAGGAGGACCCGUGACAGGCCAGGUGAACUGAAAUGAAACAUUGGAUCAGGCUGGUCUAAGAAGCCGCAAGAAUGGUGGGGAGAUUUUCGUGGUGUACGACGGUGGUUGCAUUGGUGGUGCUGCUGCUUUUCGUCACAACCGAAGGUCUUCGUGAACGUACUCAGCUCGACGAUCCUAAAACCACAAAUCGUGGAACGUUGAGGUAUCAUUCCAAAUCAUUGGAAGAAGCCGCAACCGCAUCGACCUCAACAUCGAGAUCCAGAACAGCUCGAGACAGAUCAGUUCAAUCGAAGAGAUUUUCCAAUUUGGAAAGAUCGAACCAAGUGUCGACCCAACCGUCCGUGAUCGAUUUCGAAUCGAAAUUCGACUCGACCAAGAAUUCGAUCGUAAGAACGACCAGAACCACCGAAAGGGACGUCUCUGCCACGGAAAUUAAAAGUAAUUCGAGAAGAGUCUCCUCCAGGAAGGAAACGGAGAACGUUAAAAGCGUGGAUUCACCGAUUAACAGAAGGAAUGGGAAAAGAUAUUUCUCCGAAACUAACGAGGAAGCAAAAUUGAAGGGCAAUGAUGAAACAACUGGGACGACAAAAGGGAUCUCUCGAAGAACGCUUAAUAGAAAAUCGAGUAACUCAAGCAGCACUGAAAGAUUGGACAACAAAGGGCCGUCUGUGUUUCUGGCUACCACGGAAUCCUCGAGAUCCAGAACCGGAAGGAAGAUUCAAACGACUUAUUCCAUGAAGGAUCUGAAAACUCAGAUACCCAGUUCCAGAAGGUAUACCAAUAAAAAGUUCGAAGAUGAAACUACCACAGUUUCGUUCAGAAGGGGUAGAUCGACGACGGAAAGGAUUGAGAAGAGUACCAGAUCUGGUAGAUCAAAGGUGAACACCAAAGAGAACAAUUCUAUUCAACGAAGAGGGCCGGAUCCUCUCUUAUCGGAAUCCGAGAGCAUCAGAGUCGAUAUCCCUCUGAUGGUCGAUACAACGCAAAAUCCAGUUCCUGACGUGACUACCACCUUUGGCGUAGUAGCUUCUCAGAGGAGAUCAGACGCUAAAGAGUCGUCGAAAUCCAAUGGAAGAACAGGAUCGAAAAAUCGUGGAAGAAUCAACGAUUCUGAGGCCGCUGGCUCCUCAAGAUCCGGUUCUCGAAGAGGAUCUUCCAAGUUCAGCGAUUCCACAACGACGGAGAGUAACGAGCAGAUCGUCAGUUCCAGGAGGAAUACGAUUUCCUCGAGAGAUCGAUCGAGGGAUACCAAGAGGAAUUCGACGACUGAGAGCAGAUCGAGAUCCAGGGGUAGAAAUUUGGAGAAUAACGCGAAGAAUGGAGGCUCUUUGGAACGAGAUGUGAAACGUAAGGUGGCUGGGGAGAGAAAUUCGGAGAGAAGAUCGAGGAUUAGUGAGGCUGGUAUAAGAUUCAUAGAAAAUCAUGGACAGGAUGGCCAGGAUAUGCGAGGAAGAUCGAAAGGAAGAACGUCGAGAACGGAUGUUACCACACCCAUAUUUACAGAUGUUACCACGACCGUUGCAUUAGAUACAACAAUUUCUAACAACGACGUAACGACAACCGAUCCUGAAAUAAUGGCUACCACCAUAAGACCAAUUACAUCAACCAGUUCAAGAAUAUCCGCAAGAACAACAUCUUCCACGUCUCCUGCAUCAAUCGCGGAAUCUUCUGGACGAGGUAGAGGAAGAGGUAGAAACGGUAGCCAAGGAAAAAAGAGCAAAGAAGACUUCUUCAAUCACGGAUUGGGAUUCAGGGGUAGGAAAGUUUUGCCCGAAGGAUUCUUGAACGACACGACAGAUUGGAAGAAAUCCUCGAGAAACGAGUCUCAAUCGCAUGGAAAUCCGGGCUGGACCCUAAGAAGACGUCCAGCUCAUCUCAACAACUUUGAAAAUUCUUCGGGGACGAGCCUACUCUCGGCAAGGGAACAAACGAACGAAGUGAUACCGCCGAACGAACAAUCGACCACCGACGUUGUAACGACCGAAAGUUUCAGCACUAGAAGAGGCUUCAAGAAGCUGCAAACGACGGAGGAGAGCUCGACGAUUGCUGGAACGACGACCAAGAGCUACAGAAGAGGUAACAAAACCUUUGGACUCGGCAAGGCGGUCGCAGAAGACGAGGAAAGUGACAAUUAUCCGCCUGAGUUUAAGGCGAAAUUGUCUCAGUUGAAGAAUAUCAGCACGAAAAUACCAGCACCAAAAACCACUUCUAGAACACCAUUGGAGGAACAGCGGAAGAAUAACUAUGGCAGGCGUUCGAGGAAGAACUCGAUGGCGGUCGAGCCUGAUGACCUCGAAACCGCAGCUUCAGCAAAUAUUUUGACGGAUGAAAGUUUAAUCGUGAAUCCCUUAACGUUGAUUAAUGGCACAGGAUUGCGACGCGUGAAAAAAUCAUCGGCCUCUCUGUUCGCUGAAAGAUCGAGGAAGAAGUUGGAGCUGGCUAGGAGGUUAGUGAAGCCAGAGUUGAACAUCGAGGAGAAUGAUCUCGACGCAACCACGGCCUCCUCUUUCAGCAAACCGAAGCCAACCGGCGUGCCGGUGGUCGAUGAGACGAGCAAGGUAGCCAGAUAUGCAAAGCCAAAGGCAACGGGGGGCCAAAGGAACAGGACUUGGACCCCCUCCUUGCAGACCUCUUGGGAAGAGGCGAGCGAGAAAGCCUCGAAACUUUCCGGUACGAGGAAAGGUCUCGAGGAUUCGUCCAAGGUCACAGGAAGACCGUUGGACGAUUUAAACAAAGGGCGGAUCAUCGGCGAGCAGAUAGUUACCUCGAUCUCGGUCGAAGAGGCGCCGAUAGAGGGAACGACCAAACCUUACGCGAACAUACCUUACACGAAUCCGUCGAUCGUCGGUUUCGCGGAAGAGGGUGCAGCGACAACCGUCGACUCGACGAGGAUUCGUCCGGGCAACGCUCGUGGGGGGAAGAAAUCGAGGGAAGAGAGCUCGGUGUAUUCGAGCAAGAACUCCAAAGUCUCGCUCUAUUCUACCCGACGUGCCGAGGAUAUCGAGCCUGUAACGACCGUCAAGCCGAAAAAAUCGUAUCUUUCGCGGAACGGUAAAUUGCAGGAACAGUCCACGCAGGUGGAGCAGAAUUCCACGACGUCUAAGAAAUCGUACGCUCAAAGAAAAUCGCAAGCGUUUCAGGAAGAGGAUCUUGGCAAGAGGUCCAAGUUUGGUGGCGGCGUGACCAAACCCACGUUCAGACCUCGUUACAUUAAGCGAACCAAGGAUAAAUUUCUAGACGAAAGGACGACGAUCGAUCAACCUACGAUUAUCAGUAAAACACCGGUGCCUACUAGCAGGUAUUCGAGGAAAAAAUCGGCGGUGAAGUCUGUCGAUGAGAAAUCGAAAUCCGUGAUAAAUCCGGAGGGACCGCAAUCGCAAACGAAGAAACUCGAAUUUAGACCUCGAACCGCCACCUAUCGAAGACACUCCGAAGUUCCAACGACUUUGGUCAGAUCUACUCCCAAGAGCGAUGGUGUAGGAGUCGCCAUCACUCCUCGAUCCGCGAAGUAUCAUGCCACGUUGAAGACGUCGACGGUGUCUUCUCGAUCGGUAGGGCAGGAACCGCAGGUAAACUUGAGGAUCGCGAACGAAUCGGCACAGGCAGAGACGCCAGGAAUUACCGGCAGCAGCAACGGAGACAGUGGUAACUCGAAUAUCUUCAAUCCUACGAAAAGCACGAUCCUUGCUGGGAACAACACUCUGUUGGAACAAUUGAGAAGCACGGUGGCACCGUUGUUGAACUCCCUUGGUAACAGGACACCUGUGUUCUCCGGAUCUUACAGCAACGUUAACAACGCGAAUUCCUCUCCAAGAAUCACCCCUAAUGGACAACCACCCCGCUUUAGCGCGAGAUACAAAGGAGCGGAAUUGUUUGUCAGGAAACAAAAUAACAUUUAUCAGCCCACUGUGCCAUCUGUCACUAGUUCAUCAACUACACCAGUUACACCUAUAGAGAACACUGGUUCGGCACCGCCCAUCGAUGUCUCGAAUCCCGGCCAGUCGAAAUUCUUGACCCUUUAUCAGGCGUUGGAGUCGGCCAGCAUCAGGAACGAACAGUUACUGAGAAACAUGAGCGGUCAACAGCAAGAUGGACGACAAGUUGGCAUGGUUCCCCAGGUAGACUCUAACGCCACCGCCGUUAACGCCACCGCCGAUAAUGCUAACAAUGACACGACAAGCCCCACCACUGUAGCGACAACCGGCCCACAGACCCCAGACACCACCACCUUGAACACUAUUCAGGACAGCACACAGUCCCCGAGAUUACCCGAGGAUACGGAGAACUCCACCCCCGCGGUAACCACAGGAGCCCCUGAAACCCCUUCGAAGACCGAACCGGUUUUCACGAGCACAGAAUCGUUCUCCAGUACCGAGCAAGUUUCCACGAGUACAGAUUCUCCGUCCUCAACCGGGGAACAGAUUUCCACGGUCGGCGAUUCGAUGACCACUACAGAGACGAUCUCACGGGUUACAGAUGCAACGACGAUGAGCGUGGGAGGCGCGGAAGACACCCAGACCUCUGCAAUGGUAGAUAAUGGUAGUUCCAGCACUCAGGAACUCGUAAGUUCAUCCACGGAUAUUUCUACGUCUGCCAUGACUACUAUGAAUCCUCUGUCCACGACUCUUACGAUUACGAGUUCUCUACCCGCUACUCGCCUCGAAGAGAGUUCUACUGUUGGCAGCAAUGAUGUUCAAAGUACGGAACAGUUAACGUCAACCGGUGAUGUUUCAUCGACUACGAUAGGAGUUUCGCAGGAUACAACGGAGACUAGCACUGUCACCAGUGCGUCGAGCACGUUCAAAAAUCCUGAGACUAAUACUAUACCUUUCUCUGACACGAUUGCCACUCAGACAAUCGGUACGAGCUCGACCGAUGCUCCCACGACGGAAGCAGAUUCGAGUAAUAUGAUCGACGCGGCAGAGACGACUACGGCGAUACCUGUAUCCACGAUUCGAAACAGGUUGAUAGAUUUUGCACAAGAUAUUCUGUCCCGAUUGCAAGCUAGUUUGUCUACCACGGUGCCAAGCGUGGAUUCGACCACUGAGUUCUCCCCUGAGUUGACCGAGAUGUCGAGUAACAAUCGCAGUUUGGAAUCUUUGUCGCAGAUGAAGGAAGAAACGACUACUUUGUCGCCCGUCACGAUGGAUCAAUCGAGUUUAAGAAGUGAAGAAAUGAGCACUCAGAGCGCAGUAGGUUCAAUUACUACUACCUCGUCACCCGUUCAAGAAGCCAACACGCGGGACGAUAUGAAUGUAGUCACAAUCACGACACCACCACCAACAACAACAACAAUAGUUACACAAGAUUCUCAGACAAUUUCGAACACAGAUUCUACAACCGUAGGUGAUUCAAACGGUUCAACGACUCCCCAAUUAGACGUUGAAAUAAUCACUUCGUCGACGAUCACUUCCACCAAUGAUACUUUAUUAACAGAGUUAAUGUCCAUUGCAAAGACGCUCUUUUCGGAAGAGAUGAACGAACGAAUGACAGCAGGGCAAAAUUUGAACGACACGUCUAGUUUGGAGAACGAGAUAGACAGUCCGAAUAUUGUAGAACUCAGUACAACCCAAGCUGCAGAAUCGACGUCCGUUUCCCCAGACGUGACGACAGAAAGCAUAGAGUCGACGUCUGUCGUAUUCUCGGUUGACCCUUCUCAGAAUGAAGUGGACUUUGCAAAUUCCUUAUCAACAACGGUAUCUUCUGAAAAUUCGUCAGACACGUCUAUAACCACCACCCCUCGAAACGUCGAUAAUGAGAUAGAGAGUGUACGAACGAACGGAACCGCAUUAGAACCCUUUGCUCAAAUCGUAGAGUCAACGACUGCCUCAUUUACGACCGAGAUCGGACCACGAAUCACUCAGUCGAAUACAGAAUCGUUCGAAAAUGGUGUUGAAACUACCACGAACCGGGCACAAACAACCACAACCAGUACACAAAAUUCAGAAACGACAUCUACCACGAAUUUUCAACUAACCACUAACACGUUCGAUUUAAUCACGACUGGCCUUCGAACAACCACCGAGAUUACCACCGAACCACCCGUAGAAACCACUACUGUGCCAUUAACAUUAAGUUUCACAACUGUGUCUCAGCUUGUGACAGAGACAAGUACUAAUCGAUCCGACGUAAUCACCGUACCUUCUGAAACCACGCUUCCCUCUGUAAAUACGACCACCACAACACCAUCGACAACCCCCAAUACGAACACAGAACAAAGUACAAUGGCACCUGGCCUGGUAGAAUCGUUCGAAAACGGCGUAGAAAAUGUGGAAACUAACCAAACAAUGUCCACGACAACGCAAUUGGCACCUGUGACUAUGAGCGAAACCACUGAUAACGAAACCCUCGAAGCCGCCAUUACGCCAUCGAUUACAACCACUGCGCCCCAGGAUGUUAAUUCCACGGAUGAAACGGGAGUAACCACUAACCAGUCCUCUCCGCUAAUAUCGAGUCCAAUGCCCGCCACGGAAAUUAAUACGCCUAGCGAAACAACAAGCAACCCCCAAACAACCCCGAGCCCCGAGAACGAAACUCCAAUUAUUCUUGCCCGUUUCCAGGAUACGACAUCGACAACCGCCCAAGGGACGGCAGGUUCAGGAGUCGGCCAAACGACCGAGAUCACCACUCCCACGAUCCCAGAUUCCUCCACCGUCGUCCCAUCAUCCACGCUCGAAUCCUCGUCACUUCCCACCGACCCGACCACGUCCUCGGUUGACACGACCACGACCACGACCACGACGACGAUGACGAGUACAGAACGCGUUCCUGACGGUGCAACGUCCACGCCUCAAACCACGAGGAUGGACGUGUUCACCGUCACCCCGGUGACGGAGACUACCACCACCGCUGUCGAUAUAGAAGAGAAUCUGAUCUCCACCGAAACUGGAUCCACCUCGACGACGGAAACCACCACCGUGACCAAUGGCCAAGGUGGUGCGAACGACGCCACGAGUAUGGCUCCCGAAACGACGCAAACCAGUGCUGCGACGACGACGAUCGCAUCAUCGACGAGUCCUUCGGCCGCUCCAUCUUCUCAGACCGCCACGACGCCGUACCUGGGUCGGUUCGGUGGCAGCAGAUUGACACCAGCGCCGCGCUUCAGCCUGAGCUCGACCACCAAGGCUCCUCUUCGAGAUUACCUGGUGUACGGGAUUUAUCCGAAUAAAACGAUCGUGAGGAAACGGCCAGAGGACAACCUGAUCGACGCGAGGAACGUGGACAGCCCGUACGUGAUAUUCGGUAUCUUCCCGGACGGGAGGCUGGUCCGGAAAUUCCCGAAUGGAACUAUAAUACCGGAUCCACCUAGGAGCCCGGUCGAGGUUGUGUUCUCACUUAGCACUACAACUACCACUAACAGGCCACCACCCAGACCGUAUUAUAAUCAGGCUAACCAAGGCACUUACAAUCAGUAUCGAGGCCCUGUGUACUAUAAUAACGGUAUACCUGUCGCUGAACCGAUGAGAAACGUCCAAAGUCCCGGCACCGUUGAUCUUGGCCUUACUGGUAACGCGAUCGUCGGCCCUAAUGGAGGUGGACCCGAUAAUACGGGGCCACUUGGUACCCCUGCUAGCACCAACGAAAUGAGCAAUGCCCUGCUGAAUACGCAAAUGGGGACAGCAUCGGUGACGCCGAUAGUAAGUACCGGUCGACCGCCGACCGUUUUGCAGGGCGGUCGUAUCGUCCAAGAUCGAGAGAGGGACGAGGCCACCAGGACGAAAGAGGCCGGAGGUCAACGCAGCUCCGUGUACAUCGGACAGGACAAGUUCGUCAAUUAUUGGACCAAUGGGGCUUCCACCACUAACCCACGCGCUCUCAGUGUGAAUAUAAAUUCGGUAGCUAGUGCCGCAAAUGUGGGUCCGUCGCCUUCAGUUCCAUCAUUCGAUAAUCUUUUGAAUAAUCAGCCAGGAAAUCAAGUCACAGCACCUCCUGGAUUCCCAUGGAGAGAUCCUUUGGAUCAAAUCUUUGGUAUUACUACCUCCUCGCCGGUUAUAACCGCAUCAGUAGCAUCAAACACGUUGGACGAUACAAUGGAAUCGAAUAAUCCAGCCUUGCCACGUCCAAUCAAUCCAUACGUCGAGGUUUUCACUCCAUUUUCUAGCGUGAUUGGUGUUCCAAGAGGCAAUAUAGGAACUAUUCCACCACCGCCAGUAACAACACCUAUUACAUCAACAAUUCCUACCUCUACUACUAGUAGAACUACCACUACUACAUUGGCACCAACAACCACAACCACAAUGGCACCAACUACUACUACUAGUACAACUACAAUGGCACCAACAACUACAACAACUACGACUACGAUGGCACCCACAACAACAACAACAACAACAACUACAAUGGCAUCGACAACUACGAGGGCACCAACAACUACAUCUACUACUACCACAACAGCUGCAUCUACGUCAGAGCCUGCAACAACAACACAAACGAAUGUACAAAUGAAUUUAUUGAAUCGGCCACAGCAAAAUGCUUUUGGUACCUCGAUCGAUGAUCUAGUUUUCUUGAAUUCAUUGUUGCAGAAUGAUUCACGGAGCGGCACUCAGAGAACACUCACCCAAGUCGAACAGCUCUUAGCAAAUAAGAUCUUGUCUCUAGCAUUGAACCAAGCGGGGCAAGGAUCAACUCGAGCGCCGAAAGCUAUAAGUAUUGAGAAUGCUACGCCAAAUUCGAUUUUCGAAUCCGCAUCUACUUCGAGGCCGAUAGUGAUUGAUUUGUCUCCAUCAUCGACCACUACGACGACCACGUGGAAGACUGCACAGACGCAGAAAUCAACCGGUUCGACACCCGAACAAUUGACUUGGAGACCAGUUGUAACCACGGCCGGCAAAAAAGACGUGGAGACAAAUACAGUUUCUUCAUCGAGCACAGCCAAAAUUGGUCAGAUAAGCACCACUAAAGCUCCUGUAACCAUGAAGGUUAAAUCAGUGACCACUCCUCGACCUAGGACCACCACGACUCAAGCGCCAUUAGGCUUUGGCAGUCUUUUAUGGCAGACGCUUUUCGGUGGAGGUUUAUUCGCAUCGACGACCACUUCUAAACCUGCGAAGGCUAAGUCGGCCUUAAAAACGGCGCCGAAAUCUGUCGAUAUCACUCCGAAACCUAUUCAAACUACGCAGAGAUUAGAAACCGUAACUGUCCCUUCCACCACAACUUUGAAAACUGUGGACAUUUCGAAAAUUCAAGUGAGCAGCCCGAAUUCGAUCGCAGAGUCGAUGGCCUCGUCGAUUCCAGUAUCUACAACGAAGAAACCAUUGAUCAAUAAUCCAAAUCCUCGAUUGCCUAACGUGGUGACGUCGACCUAUUCUCCCGAAGAAGAUGCAAAAUUCUUGGUCGAGCUUCUGCGUGCCGUUGAACAAGAUAAUAAAGCUGGUUCCUCGAAGAAGACGAAGUUAACUCAAGAUGAUGAAUCCUUCUUAAGAGCGAUUCUAACCGGUCGAGGUUUAACAACAACGAUGCCAUCGUCGACGACAGAAAUCAGUAACGCUGCUUUGUUGGCGGCUCUGUUAAAGGCCCAAGGAAUAGAACCAUCGACUCCCGCCAAUAAUAUCAGAGAACAAUUGCAGCUGGCGGGCCUUGGGCAGAGUGUCACCUCUGCUCCGACCGAGUCCACAGCGGCCAAGUCGGCGACAAUUACGACAAGGCCGGCAUCGAGUGGUGCAACCCGACCUACCGACACCACGAAAAAGACGGUGACACCGAGACCAACCUCGGCACCAAGGAUACGCACAACAACCUGGUCGCCGAGCUCCACGUAUCCACCAUCCCUCUUCAGCUCCUUCUCCAAUUACGGUACCCCGGCACAGUCGCCCGGUGGAGGCGAUAAUUCUGGAAAUAGCGCGUUAUUCGGCGCUACCAGAGCGUUCAGCCAAUUUCUCGGUGCCGCGAUAAGCGGAGCUGCUCAACAAUUGCAAUCGCUUGUCAGAAACGGUACCAGAAUUGUAUCCGAAGUGAUGGGAUAAAGAAAAUGGAAAUGGAAAAAUUACAAACAGUCGAUGGAAUAAAAGAAAUUAAUUCGCAAAAAUCUAUCAAAAUUUAGAAUGAUACAACAAAUGUGAUAAUUUAACGAACGAUCUAAGCCAAAAUAGUUUUACUUGGAAAAGUGGAAUGAUAGCGAUACGUUGGAUAAGUAUUUCACUGUCAACUUACAGAGGUAUUUUUAAGAAAUAUUAUCGGCAGUUAAGUAUUUGUUUGAAAAUUCAUCGAGUUUUAUCCUGUUAUUACUUACUAUAAUUAUUGUUGAUCGAAUAUUUUAAUUUAAUCAAUCUAGCUAAUAGCGGGCAUGAUAAAUAUUAACUACGACUUAAUAUUAAUUCUUAAAACACGGAGUUAUCUCACUGUUUCAGUUUUUCAAAGAAAUUUUCAAUAUAAUUAUAUAAUACAAUUUCCAAUAUAAAACAUUCGAAAUAUUCUUGAAGGAUUAUACCCAAAUUUUGUCAUUAAUCUUUACACAUUUACUCAUUCCCAAAAAUUCACGAGAGUAAAAACGCUCCGUGUUUUAAGCGUGGAUACUAUCUAUCGUCAAAGAGACUUCCUCUGCAACGACGAGAAAAAAAAAUCAACACUCGAGAAUCCUCGGAUCUGCGACGCGAGUACUGUCUCGACGCCUUGCGAACGUUUCAUGGGGGUAAGAGCCGUACGACUUGCCCCUCGUCCUCGACGGCUGCCUCUUUGAGACAUUCGUAACGUUCGUCGCAAUUAAGGUAAUUAAUCGGGAGGAGGGGGAGACGACGCGCCUCGUCACGACUCGCGAGACAGUGACGAUCCGCGGCGUCCCACGUGUGAAACGCGGAUCGAUUUGCGGGGCCCACCCACAAAGAUCGACUUAACCACGACCUCGUCGACGAUACUGCUUAAGAGAAAGAAGAAGAAGAAGAAGAAGAAGAAGAAGAAUAACAAGAGGAAAAAGAAGAAGUAGAAGAAGAAGAAGAAGAAGAAGAAGAAGAAGAAGGUGGUAACUUAACCGUAUAUACAUAUCUGAAUGGGAGCGAGCAUAUGAGAAAGAAUGCGUGCACGUGUGUGUAUAUGUGUAUAAAAGAAAGAGAAAAAGUGAUAGGGAGUGUAGAAGAGAGAAUAUGACGUGAGUAUAUGCCACAGUGGCUCGCAAUUAAUGUUUUGAGAUCACGAUAUGAUGGAGAUUAUUGCUCUGUAUAUUCGUUUAUUACAAUGUUAUCGAGUUGAUAUUUAAUAUAAACGUUAUAUAAUCUAGAAAGAAAUACAUUUAAUGCAAUUUUUGCAGAAUAAGCAGUAAAUUAUAACGAGGAUAAAUGAUAUCAUAAAAAUAUUCAGCAAAUUACAUUAUAUAUUAACAUUAGAUUAUAUAUUGUUAAAGAAACAAUAAUUAAUUCAACUCAAUAUUAUUAUGAACAAAUAUAUAUAUACAAGCAAUACGUUGCAAAGUGUUCAAACGUUAAUUCGAGCCACUAUAUGUGGAGAAGCGUGAAAGGAGCAAUGAUACGUAGAAUUCGCGAGCACCUUUCGCCGCUCUGGUGCGGUUCCUUUCUUUUUUUUUUUUUUUUUUUUCUCCCCUCCUUUUUACACGAUAAAGCUGGAAACGUGUGCACGAUCCUUGAGUCUUGUUUGUCUUUCGUUCGUAUGUUUGGUAGCUCGUGGUGUGGUGUAAUGGUAGCGGUGAGUAAUAAGCUUGGUUAUUUAACGACCGUGUUAAGGGUUGAAACGUUGACGGGUAUUCCCCUAUCGGACAUUUAUCGACGCUGCGUAUCCCGUUGCCAGGAUGUCGCCGUACUUAUUGAUUUUUAUCGCGGGUAAAUAAUUUCGAUCGGUCGUAGAGGUUAGGUGGGAUUCCAAUUUUCCCGAGAUCCGUCUUUGUUUUCCGGCUUUUAGGUGUGUAGGUGUGUUUAAUCGAUAAUCGUAGGGCUCACGAUUUUUGCGUUUGCGUUUGUAUAAAUGGAUAAAAUGAUUAUAAUAAACGUUUCGGGAAACGUA